AUGGCAUCCCGUAUCCUUUUUUCUCCCUCUCAUCAGCCGCAUCCAGGACUAAAGGAGUGGAACACUCAGGAGCAACACUCCGAGAGCGAAACUCGACACAGCCGUGGCCCAUCCAGCCUCUGCAGCGUGAAUCCAAUUGGGGUGGAGGGGUGCGAUGUUGCGGUGCCUGAGGGUGCUGCUAAUGGCGCAGCGCGGUGCCACUGGCACUGGUGGAAGCUUCAUCUGGCGGGACUCGUUAACUACAGGAUGUAUUUGCAGGAGUGUUUUGACUUGAAGAAUAGAGAGCAACGGAGCAGAGGAGCAGAGGAGCAGACGUGGAGGAAAAGACAAGAGAUCUCCCGAGCAAAUGGAAUGCCGGCGGUAGAGCAGCAGAGGAGUGGAUGCAGCAGCACGGCUCCGUUCAACAUCAGUCAACAUCAGUCGGCCUCAGUCAGACACAGUCAACGCCAGUCACUAUCAGUCCUCAGCACCCACACCCGUGACCUUACUGCCAUCGUGGCAAGGACGGCAGUGGUGGCAUGGGACGGACUUCAGGCAAGGCCAAGUCAGACAUCCUCGUCUCAUCGCAAGUACGGCGGUGGUGGCAUGAGACGGACAGGGCAAGGACGGCAGUGGUGUGGUGGCAUGGGACGGACUUCAGGCACGGGCAAGGCAGACAAGGCAAAGAUGAUCCUCUUCUCUUUUCACGGCAAAGAUGAUCCUCUUCUCUUUUCACGGCAAGGCUGCUCACUCAACCCUCUUCUUCUCUGCCUUUUUCCUCCCCUUUUAUUCUCAAUUGUGCACUCUGCCUUCCCUUUUCCCUUUGCUUCUCUCUUGUACCACCUUCCCUCCUCUGGCCGCCUUCCCUCGUCUGCCUUCUCAUUCCUUGCUUUUCGCCCUCUUCCUCUCCUUUGCUUUCACAUGCCGUUUCACAUGCCGUCUCACAUGCCGUUUCACAUGCUGUUCUCACAUGCCUUUCCUCUCGUGUUUCCUCCUUCAGAUGUGGUCAAAACGUUGUGGGCGGAGAAACAGCUUGGCAGCAGUACUGAAGUGCGAGCUGAGCUUGGCACGAGACAAGCACAUGAGCUGAGCCUUCUUCCCUGGACAACCGAAGCAGUUCCAUGUGGAAGCCAAGACAGGAGGAUGAAGACCACAUAG